GACGACGAUCGUUCGGGCAGAAUUUAACAAUAACAAGGAAGUGACCAACAAGUCACCCGACCUAAGUUAAGAUGGCACCGAUCGGGCUAAAAACAAUAGUAGGAGAAAAAAUUCUAAACGGUGUCAUCAAGAGUGUAAGGAAGGAUGGAGAGUGGAAGGUUCUUAUCGUGGACCACAUGAGCAUGCGCAUUCUGUCGUCUUGUUGCAAGAUGUCGGACAUCUUGGCAGAGGGGGUCACCAUUGUGGAGGACCUCAAUAAAAACAGGGAACCCAUCACGUGUCUGGAGGCCAUAUAUUUGAUCACACCAGUGGAAAAGUCAGUUCGCGCUCUCAUAAACGACUUUAAGGACACCGCUUUUACUUACAAAGCCGCUCACAUCUUCUUCACCGACACUUGCCCGGAUAAUCUGUUCAACGAAAUUGCGAGAUCGAGAGUCUCCAAGGCCAUCAAGACGUUGAAAGAGAUUAAUGUCGCUUUCCUACCGUAUGAGUCUCAGGUGUUCUCCCUGGACUAUCCAACCUCCUUCCACUCCUUCUACAGCCCAAAGUCCAAUAAUGACACGAGGGACAAAAUGAUCGAGAGUCUCGCCGAGCAGAUCGCCACCGUGUGCGACACGCUUAAGGAGUAUCCCGCCAUCCGAUACCGCAACGGCCCGGACAGGAACGCCAAACUGGCCGAAGAGGUUUACCAGCGCCUGAACGCCCACAAAGCGGACAACCCAAGCAUGGGAGAGGGGGUAAACAAGGGGCGCUCCCAACUCCUUAUCGUCGACCGCGGGUUCGAUCCCAUUUCACCGCUCCUCCACGAGUUGACCUUCCAGGCGAUGGCCUACGAUUUGCUGGAUAUCCAAAAGGACAUUUACACUUAUCAGACGACCGGCAUUGGGAUUUCCAAGGAUAGAGAAGUGUUGCUGGAUGAAGACGACGAGCUCUGGGUUCAACUCAGGCACCUUCACAUCGCUGAUGUCUCCACGAAGGUGACGGAGCUGCUUAACACCUUUUGUGAGAGCAAAAGGAUGUGCACUGACAAUGCCAAGAUCAAAGAUCUGUCCCUGAUGUUAAAAAAGAUGCCACAGUAUCAGAAGGAGCUGAGCAUGUACUCCACUCACUUACACCUGGCUGAUGGUUGUAUGAAGAAUUUCAAGGCCUCCCUCGAUAAGCUCUGCGAAGUGGAACAGGACCUCGUGAUGGGUGUCAACGCAGAGGGGGAGGCUCUAAAAGACGCCAUGAAGAGCAUCGUGCCCGUGCUGCUCGACAACGAAAUUUCAGCCUACAACAAGAUCCGCAUCAUCCUGCUCUUCAUAUUCCACAAGAAAAAAGGGAUCGGGGAGGAGAACUUGGACAAACUCAUCCAGCAUGCCAACGUGACGGCCGACAGAAACAUCAUCACCAACUUCCAGAACCUAGGCUGUAACAUCAUCGCUGGGGGUGUCAAUGCCGCCACAACGCUGCCAGAUCGCAAACAACGCGCAGAUAGCACGUACCAGCUCUCCAGAUGGACGCCCAUCCUCAAGGACAUCAUGGAGUACGCCAUAGAAGACAAGCUGGACAAGCGCCACUGGCCCUUCAUAUCGGACCCCGCCCCCAUUAGUACCACUCAAACGGCUGUCAGCAGCGCUCGCCUUGGCCAGUGGCACAACAACAGACCUCCAACAGAGUAUCACACUGGACCCAGGCUCAUUAUAUUUGUCAUUGGCGGGCUGACCCACUCGGAGAUGCGCUCGGCCUAUGAAGUCACCCGAGCUUAUGCCGGGAAAUGGGAAGUGCUGAUUGGCUCCUCUCACAUCCUGACGCCAACCGGCUUCCUGGACGACCUCAAGAGUCUGGACCAGGUUCCUAAUCCCAAUUGCGAAGAUAACGUGGACCCUAACAAUGGGCGGGCACAAUGAAGGACGAGCCUCUUCUUCCUUUUGAUUGGCUCCCGGUCAUACGUGUACAGCACGGCAAUAUUGUAUUUGAAGUUUUUUUUGGUGUUGUCCGUAUAGUUUGCUCUGAAAUUAGUUCUGUGCUCAUUUGAAGGUAUUUUAACGACGACUAGCCUCAUCAACCCGUGAAUGACAUCACUGUAUGAUCCUUGGAAGAUACCUUAAAUUAACCCCCCCCCCCCAAAUACCAUUGUCCAGGUAAAUCCAUUGACAACUGCUGUCUCUAAUAAUCUUGCACAUGACUUAUAAUGCUGGAAUGUGGUGUUUCUUUGUCCUGUAUAAAAGAAGUAAUAAAAGGAGCAAUAUUCACAUUAUAA